AAGCUCUACAUAAUAUUAAGGCAUUUUGGAUCACGGUGUUUUCCUCAAAAUCCACUUAUGUAAAAGUUUCCUUCACCCGCGCAUCAUGUUGAUUGCUAGCACAAUGUUGUUGCGCAAGGUGUUUAACAGCCCCCGCCCCCCGCCCCCUCCACGUGGGACCCGCGAUACGUCUUGUGUCCUGUGGCCGCGGCGUCCAGGGCUCUGCGGCUUUCCCCGGCGUGAGCCGCGGAGCGCCACGCUGCUAUAUAAGCCGCGGCGGGGCUCACCGACACCAUCACUCACACUCCCGCCCACAUCCACACAACGAUGGCCUCCAAGCUCUCCCUCAUCCUCCUCCUCCUGGGCCUCUCCGCCACCCUCGCGAGCCCCACUGCCGCCUCCUACGGUACCUCCCAGCAAAACGGAGCCCCCGCCAACUAUAACUUCAACUGGGCCGUCAACGACGCGCCCUCCGGCAACAAUUACGGUCAGCAGGAGUCCCGCCAGGGCGACAACACCCAGGGCUCCUACUACGUGCAUCUGCCCGACGGCCGCCUCCAGCGCGUCGACUACACCGUCAGCGGCGACUCGGGCUUCGUGGCGCAGGUCACCUACGAGGGCCAGGCCCAGUUCCCCCAGCAGAACAGACCCCAGCAGGGCUACGGUCGCUAGGCCCGAAACAGCCUGGCGUCUCCGCCCCGCCCAGCCCCGCUCCGGCUGACCACCCCUGCACAGUCCUAACACAACGCUGCGCCCCGCCAUUCAUCUUGUAUUUACUAAUUCGCCUCAUGCAUCACUCACAAUAAAGUCAUGGCAAGCAUCCA